AUGAAGAAGUGGAUUAAAACUCCAUACGAGUGUGAGAAAAUGUCGUAUGUUACACGUGAUUUCCUCUCAGAAGAUGUAAUAAUGGGAGAUGAGACUCACUCAGUGUCAAACCAACACACUAAAGAAGAUUCACAAGCUGAAACUAAAAAUCUAUCUCAUUCUGAUAAAGACAUUGGUGCUGCCAAUGAGAACUUAGAUGCUGGUAGUAAUUACGAGUACAACAUUCAGCAAGGUAGUGACACUUACACCGAUUAUAUCUCUGAGACUCCUCCACAUGAUCAAGUAAGUAAGAAAAGAAAGACUUCAACUGCCCCUGAUCCUGGUCCCUUCAAGCAGAAAUGCAUAGAACGUACAAUUUCGGAGAUGACAAAUCUUUGA